UAUCCCUCCAACCUGGAUGUUCGACUCUCGCUUCUGUUAAAAUAUCAACGCUCUCACCUUCGGUAGACUGAUAAAUUAACCUACUGGUUCUAAUCUGUUUACCAGUUUCUUCAUACCACAGUCCAUUCCUCCAAUCAUCCACCAAGGCGGUGUUCUUGCCUCGAGGGCCUUGCCAGUUAGGCUUAUGAAGCUUGUGAAUGUGAUAUCUUAUUUGCUCUAUACCUUCUUGGUUGGUAACUAUGGAGUCUUUACCUCACUCACCGAGCUCAUUUCGCUCCCGCCGCUCUCAUACGUCGCUGCGUCACAUCUCACUUGCGCCAUUGUCAUCCAGAUUCCCUCUUGAUGAUGAUGACGAACUUGAUUCCGACUACCAUUAUUCAAAUCCCAAUGGGUCGGACCCUUCCCGACGACUCUCAUAUAGUUCUCAUCGUGCCACAUCGUCUUACCUUGCCAGUGCCUCUGUUCCCACAACGCCGCCGAUACUCUCUCGUAACACCUCGUAUACUAAUCUCCCGAAAAGAAAAACCACUCCAAGCUUAUCUCAUAUGAGCCAUACAAAUUUAGACAGAAUAAAGUCUGAGCAUACCCGCCAUCACCGCAGGUCCAAAAGUUACACUACUCUAGGACCAAAACUAAGCAAUACGGCUACGCGUCAGGACUCCGAGUGGCUUUUGCGGGCUGGAUUGGCGUUAUCCUCUUCCACCCGGGAAGAAAAGGGCCAGAGCUGGCUCGUGAAACGAGAUAGCUCAACGAGCCUUGUCUCAGAAGACGUUCCUGAUAACGAGCCUUGGCGCAACUCUCGUCAUCACUCACGUCAUAGCCAUGGCCGAAGACAGAGAUCUGGACUAUCAACGCCUGUUACUUCUUCACGGCGACCCUCCAACUCUCAUGUUUCCAGCAAAUUUAGCAGUCGAGUAGACCUUUCUAUGACGGUAGCGGGCCUUGCAGAGCAAAGCCCUGACGAUCGCGCUUCAAUAUCCGACGAUGCUGUAGGACUCGUGCCGGACUUUGUUGAUGAGACCGUCCGUAGUGAAAUGGCUGCGAUGUCCUCACAGCCAUUUGGUCAGGCAAAAGCGCCGAGCCAGCGAGGAGUGCGAAGUUUCGAUGACGGCGGAUACCCGGCGGUGUCGCGACGAAAUUCCGCAUUUGAUUCCUCAUUUUCGGCAUCGUCCUCAGAAUUCUCGGAUUCCGAAACAGAUGAAGAGGAGGAGGUAGACGAGGCGGAAAUGCAACGUUUGACUCGUGAACGAGGGUUAGGCCUUGGUAGUUGGAUAGAUCGUCUGGUUGAAUGGACCCUUUUUAGUGUAGAAGAUGAGAUUCCCGCAGUUCCCGCAGAACCUUCCCGUCAACCUCGUCAGUUUGGUGAUAUUCAACAUCAAACUUUGGUUGAAGAACCGGACAACAGUUCCAGUCAGUACUAUGAAAGUUCGGAGACGGAAAGUGACAACCAACAACGGGAGAAGGAAGACGAAAUUUCGAUGGCGAUGCCUAUAGAAAUACCAAGUGAUCAAGGUGGAUGGUCUGAUGUUGGCUGGCUACUUCGCGUAGCGAAGACCAUCGUUUUUUAAACUGUAUGGGAAGCCUCUUUGUUUUGUAUUUUUCUUUGACCCCUCGUUUUCGAACUUAUCACACCUCCACUUCGGACUAUUUAUGCUUAAUAUCUUUCUCUAGGAGCAGGGUAGUUUGAGAGAUCAGACCUCUGGUGCUAUUGCUCUAUUCAGAUUUCGGUCUUAGGUCUGCUUUCGUGGUUAUGUUACCAAUGAAAUCGGAGAUUGAAGAUAACGUGUGAUCAAAAAGAUCGCCUUCUCGAUACAUAUGCAGCUUCUUCCUCGCUGCUGAGACAUUUCUUACCUUUAAUACUUUUGCUAUGUUACGGAGUCUCUCUCCCCAAUUGAUCAUCUAGAAUCAGCAACAAAUUGUACCAGAGUUUUCGCCUUCCAAUCCCUAUUUCCGCAGUUUGUACGCUAGCAUAUAAAUCAUCAGUCAAGCACGGUCGGGCGUAAAUCGACUGCUCUCUCACAGAAGCCCCACGCAAUUUCAAAAUAAGCUUCCUAGACAUCGUCAUUGAAAACAUCGUUUACAAACUCGGCUUUUGACUUGCGUCUGAACGAUGACCGCACAUCAUUUCCCCUGUGUAAAUUCCUGUGCCACUUUCACAGCGAAUCGGUGCCACAAGACACGGAAUCUGCAAAAUUAAAUUGCAUGCACGGGGUAUGUACCCAAAUGAAUUAAGGCCGUACUUUAGCAAUUCACCAUAAUGUUCAUGCAGGACGCCAAUCAUUCUUUGCUUCGAGUGAAAGAAAAAGGAAAAAGCAAAUAGCGGAAAACCAACAUGCUUGCCCCAGUCUCAGCUUGAUUGGUCCAACCUCCACGCUCGAAGUCGGGACCACGGGCGUUUAAAAGGCUCUUCAACAAUGAAGCUUCCAACCCGGUUUAUUUCUCUCUUCCAUGCUCUCGUCAAUCCGAAUACUAGCUGCCCAGAUAGUCUCCCUACACAUCCGAUGAUGCGGAAGAGAGAUAGAUCCCUUUCAUUUAAGCCUUCCAUUCGAAGCUGUCUCGUUUUGCGGGGAGUGAAAGGUUGAAAAUCCACAAUGCAAGUAUGGUUCCGGCCACCUCUCCCGAGCAAACAAAUCUCAAUGCUAUACAGGUCGCCGCGACAAAAUAAUGGAAGGUAAAGACAAAACUUGCCUGAGCGGGAAUUCCGCCCGUCCCUAUCAAUGUGGCCCUUGUUUCUAGGGCCGAUGCUACCAAUAGAGCACCCCAACUAGUAAAAUCAGAGUGCUUCAAAGCGAUUCAUCAUGUGACAGAUAUGCCUCUCGAAAGUAGAUAGCUACUGCCCCUUGGUUUCCUUAUUAUUAUUAUUAUUAUUUUUUUUUUUU